AGCAAGCUAAGAAGUGUGGUCAUCUUGAACCUUGAAAUGAAUGUAACGAAGAGGACCAGACAGUUAGUGAACUAACAAUAAAACAGUUCACAUCUGCUUUUGGUCAGUCUGCACAAGUCACAGAGUGGAGGAGAGGCCAAGUCUACUACUUCAUUUCAUUUAGUGGAAAGACCUAUAUUCUGAGGGUCAACAUGGAUAAUCCACACCACCAGCUAGCGGAAAACUAUUUGGAGCAUCAUCAUCCUCAUCAUCAUCAUCAUCUGAAGAAGAAUGUAUAUAUGAUGCUCUCUAGUCCUAGGAUCUAGGUCUAGAACCUCAAUAACCGCAAGUGAAUAACUAUCUGGUCCAUCCAGUCCAAUUUGUGCAGAUUUUCUUAGGACACUAUGGUUAGGUGACCUCAGAUCACCCUCACUUCAUUCCUCUCUCUGGCCGUCACCUGACUUGUGGUUGCAAUGGCUCUGCAAAAUGGAUACUCCAUCAACUCCUCCCCACUGGACGAGAGUGGAGAUACUACACCCCUACUUAAAAAAGAAGUGGUGGAUGUUGAUGAUUCAGUACCUCCACAAUGUUGCUCUGCACGCUGCAAUCUGGCCAUCAUGAUGUUCUUUGGAUUCUCCGUCGUCUACGGUCUCCGUGUCAAUCUAAGUGUUGCCAUGGUCGCCAUGGUCAAUGGGACCAAAAGCCAACCAUCUCUCAACAGCUCAGGUGGCCAUGAGUGCCCAGUUUCCUCCCACGGCAAUGGCAGCCAAACCCCAGACCAACCAGAUGGGAUACCUCUGUAUUUGUGGGAUUCUCUGACUCAGGGCCUGCUGCUGGGGGCGUUCUUCUUUGGCUACCUGGUGACGCAGAUCCCCGGGGGUUACUUGGCCGGACACUUUGGGGGGAGUAUCUUCCUGGGGGGAGGGGUGCUGGGCACUGCAGCCCUCACCCUCCUCACCCCCCUGGCAGCGCAGCUAGGACCCUACUGGCUGUUUGGCUUACGGGCACUGGAGGGAUUUGGGGAGGGGGUGACGUUCCCGGCCAUGAUGGCCAUGUGGGCUCGCUGGGCUCCCCCUCUAGAGAGGUCUCGGCUUAUGACCCUUUCGGGGUCAGGGGCCAACUUUGGGGCCUUUGUAGCCCUGCCCCUCACUGGCUUCAUCUGUCACAGUCUGGGCUGGCCCGCUGUCUUCUACAUGUUUGGGGGUGCUGGUUGCAUUUGGGCAGUGUUCUGGUUCAUUCUGGUGUCGGACCAGCCUGGCACUCAUCCACGAAUCAGCACAAGAGAAAAAGAUUACAUCAUCAACUCCAUAGGAAAAGAGGGUGGUGCCCAUGGCUGGUCAGUGCCUUUGUUACCCAUGAUGCUCUCUGUUCCCCUGUGGGCCAUCAUAGUGUCUCAGAUGUGUGCCAACUGGGGUAACUGCAUUCUGCUCACCUCACUACCCACCUACAUGGACACGGUGCUUCACUUUGACCUCCGACAGAAUGCCUUUCUCUCAGCUCUGCCCUAUCUGGGUGGCUGGACCUUCUCAGUGAUAUCAGGUGUAGUAGCAGACAGCCUCCUGGAGAAGGAGCUGUUGAGUGUCACAGCGGUCCGCAAGAUCUUCACUAUCACAGGUCUGCUGCUGCCUGCAGCCUUCCUGGUUGCUGUGGGCUACUCCGGCUGCAGUGGUGUGUUGGCAGUGACCUUCCUCACCCUCUCUUCAACUGUAGGAGGCACCAGUGCAGCCGGGGUCUUCAUCAACCAGAUAGACAUUGCUCCACGGUAUGCGGGGGUGCUUUUCGGAAUCACCAACACUUUCGGGACUAUCCCAGGUGUGGUCGCUCCAAUCGUCACGGGUUACCUCACCAAAGAUCAAUCCCUGGCGGGAUGGAGGAGUGUGUUCUGUCUGUCGGCCGGGAUCAGCGCCGUAGGAGCUUUCAUCUUCACCUUGUUUGGGUCCGGGGAGGUCCAGAAAUGGGCCCUGGUAGAGGAGGAUCAGGAACAGGCAGAAACAAAGAGAGACAGGUUAAUCCCUACAUGACAGACAGACAAGACCUAAAGCAGGGUUCCCCAACUGAUGGCCCACGGUGGUUUUAUUUGGCACCCCAUGUUUUCUGAGCAAAAAAUGUAUAAAACAAUACUAUUCUUAUUUUUUACAUUUKCAUUGUUGGACAUAAAAAAAUAUUAAAACAUCAGGAAAUCA